AUGGCCCUCCGGGUGCCGCUCCACAUGCCGCGGUCCGCUGUGCCCGCUGCCCUUCGUGUGCGCCUCUGCACCGCCGGGGUGCGCGGAAGCGGCGUUCGCUUCAUCUCCAGCAGCAAGGCUGAAGAGAAGAAGCGCCUGAAGGAAGCUGAUGUCCGAGACCGGCCUUUCGCCGAGCGCGGCUUCCAGAAUGCGCGCGACCGGCCGCGCGAGCGGCGCUAUUGGCCUCCCAAGGAGGAGUCAAUCGAGCUUCCAGGUGGCCGAAAGCAGGUCCAGGUGGUGGCCUCCAAGCGUGACGUGGAUGGAUAUUUGGAGGCGCAGCUGGUCUUUAUGACGCCUGACGGACAUCGACUCUUCUAUUUGAAUGAAGAGGAGCUGGAUGAGUUGGUGAAGCUCGCCCCGCGAUUGACGGAGUACAUGGAGCUUUGGCAAGAGAAGGCCCAGGAGGCGAGCGACGCCGAGGCCGACGCGGCGACGCGGCGGACGCUCCGCGCGCUGGCGGAACGCUCCAGCGCCAGCGAGUGA